UCAGAAAGUAGAAUAGCAGGCGUACGUUAGCUACAUCCGUUGUUCAACGUCAACUUCAACAACGCCUACGAUCUUAUACAUUCCUCUCUCUUCUCUCUCGUUCCCAUGAAGAACUAUGGCCAAAACCAGAUCUCUGAAGAAGAGACCUCGUGAAUCGCGCCUUCACCCAAACCCUUCAAUGGCGACUCCUUCACCUCCAACGCGCCGCCGUCAGCCUCAACAUCUCGCCACUGUCUCCGCUAUUCUCGCCGUUUUACUUGUCAUUUCUGUUUUCUGUCUCUUGCUCGUUUCAUCGAACACUUGGCGUGCGUUUCAACAAUCUGUUUCGAUUGAUACGAUCACUGUUGUUAAUGUGUUUCCUCAUGAUCCUCAAGCUUUUACUCAGGGUCUUCUUUAUGCUGGAAAUGACAGCUUAUUUGAGUCGACUGGUAUUUAUGGGAAGUCCACUGUCCGUAAAGUAGCUCUUCAUACUGGGAAGGUUGAGAAACUCCAGAAGAUGGAUAAUUUGUUAUUUGGCGAAGGUUUAACUCUCCUCGGUAAUAGGCUGAUUCAAGUAACUUGGUUGCAGACAAAAGGAUUCACCUAUGACCCGAAAAAUUUAAGCGAACUUGGGACAUUUAAUCAUGACAUGAAAGAUGGUUGGGGUCUCGCAACUGAUGGAAAAGUCUUGUUUGGAAGUGAUGGCAGUUCGACAUUGUAUAAAAUUGAUCCUCAAACAUUUAAAGCUAUAUCAAAACAAGUUAUCUACUAUAAGGGUCAUCAAGUACACAAUCUCAAUGAACUGGAAUAUAUAAAUGAUGAAGUUUGGGCAAAUGUUUUUACGACUGACUGUAUUGCGAGAAUCUCUCCUAAUGAUGGUCUUGUCGUUGGAUGGAUUCUCCUCCCAAAUUUAAGGAAAGAAUUAAUCGAAGCUGGGAAUAAUGAUAUUGAUGUUUUGAAUGGGAUAGCUUGGGAUGCUGAGCAGGAGCGAAUUUUCGUGACUGGAAAACUGUGGCCAAAGUUGUUUGAAAUCAAAAUUACACCCAUAAAGUCAAGAAUUGAGGAAGGGAUGGUUGAGAAGCUUUGCUUGCGCAAGCCUUUCAAUUUUUCAUGAUUUAUAGGUCUUGAAGUCUAUUUAGAAGAAUGGGCAGCCAAAUUGAAACUAUGAAGAUGCAAUGUAAUGACAUGAACAUGAUCCUUUUCGAAACAAAGCCUCUGCAAUCAUUUUAUAGUAUCAUUUUUCUGCAGCAGGUCAAUUAAUUUUUCUGUAUUAUAGAGCUAAGGUUGUCAGUAACAGGAAAUACAUUUGAGAUCUCAUGUGAGCUGAACAAGAAUGAAAAUACAACCCCAAAAGAGUAAAAAUUUAUAAGGCUUAAUUAUUGUCAUGGCAUGUUUCAUCACAAAUUAAGACAUUGAUUGAA